AUGGCCACCCAAUUUGUUUGCCUUACCUCACUCCAACUCCUCAAGAGCAAGAAUCGGUUUACUCGAACUGCAACUCAUGGAGAAAGAGUAACCAAAUUGCUUUCAAUCGAUCAACAAAGUUCAAGUUAUAGACACACAAACAAUGGUGUUAAGUCGGAAAAUAGCUCAGGUACUGUAGAUGGCGAAGAAAUGAAUAUGCCUAAUAAGGUUCAAAAGAGAAAGAGAUGUCGCCGUUGGGCACGAGAGCUUCCUCGGUAUUUAGGGUUGUGGUACGCGUCAUCUUCCAUAAGCUACAUCCUCAGGAAGGCAAGAGCAUUUUACAAUGAGUUUUGUUGUGAUAAUUUCUUUGAUGAUUCAUUACUCAUGGGACAUGAGUUGUUGGCUGAUCCUUAUUUCUCUUUUCCUGUUAUUCCACCACCAACUAUUGCACCCCAUCAUAUCUUCGGUCGAGAUAAAGGUCUUGGAUCAGGCUAUUUAGACUUUGAUUGUACUAUUUAUUUUGAUCCAGGCCUUGUUGCCUUUUCUGUUUCUUCUGUGAAAUACCUUUCUGCUAGUGAUGGGUUCUGUAAUGAUUAA